AUGGAGGUCCGGCCAGACAGGUUCAAGAUCGUAGCCGCCAGGACCCUCGGGAAGAUUUAUGGAGCGCUAGAGAAGAAGCAGGAGAAUGGAGAGACCCUGGAGCUGUCGGCCGAGGGCCGGCCCGAGCUGCUGGUGGAGAAGGAGAUGCCGGUGGUGGACUGCACCUGCUUCGGCCUGCCGCGCCGCUACAUCAUCGCCAUCCUGUCCGGACUCGGCUUCUGCAUCUCCUUCGGGAUCCGCUGCAACCUGGGGGUGGCCAUUGUGAGCAUGGUGAACAGCCACCGCGAGCUGCGGGACAACAAGGAGGUCAUCGUGGAGGCCCAGUUCGACUGGGACCCCGAGACGGUGGGGAUGAUCCACGGCUCUUUCUUCUGGGGCUACAUUGUCACCCAGAUCCCCGGAGGGUUCAUCUGUCAGAGGUUUGCCGCCAACAGAGUGUUCGGCUUCGCCAUCGUGGCCACGUCCUGCCUCAACAUGCUCAUCCCCUCGGCCGCCCGGAUGCACUUCGGCUGCGUCAUCCUCGUCAGGAUCUGCCAGGGCCUGGUGGAGGGCGUCUCCUAUCCUGCGUGCCAUGGAAUAUGGGCCAAAUGGGCCCCGCCCCUGGAGAGAAGUCGCCUGGCAACCACAGCCUUCUGUGGGUCCUACGCGGGCGCGGUCAUCGCCAUGCCCCUGGCCGGUAUUCUGGUGCAGUACUCCGGCUGGUCGUCCGUGUUCUACGUCUACGGUACUUUCGGGGUGCUCUGGUACUGUUUCUGGGUGCUGGUGUCCUAUGAGAGCCCGGCAGCGCACCCCACCAUCACCGAGGAGGAGAAGAACUACAUCGAGGAGAGCAUCGGGACCUCCACCAUGAACACCACCCCCGUCACGAAGUUCAACACCCCGUGGCGGGCGUUCUUCACCUCCAUGCCCGUCUACGCCAUCAUCGUGGCCAACUUCUGCCGCAGCUGGACCUUCUACCUGCUGCUCAUCAGCCAGCCCGCCUACUUUGAGGAGGUGUUUGGCUUCGAGAUCAGCAAGGUGGGCAUCGUGUCAGCCCUCCCCCACCUCGUCAUGACCAUCAUCGUACCAAUCGGAGGGCAGCUGGCUGACUACCUGCGCACCAAUCAGAUCAUGAGCACCACCAACGUCAGGAAGCUGAUGAACUGUGGAGGCUUCGGCAUGGAGGCCACUCUUCUGCUGGUGGUGGGCUUCUCCCACACCAAGGUGGUGGCCAUCAGCUUCCUGGUGCUGGCCGUGGGCUUCUCCGGCUUCGCCAUCUCAGGGUUCAACGUGAACCACCUGGACAUCGCCCCGCGCUAUGCCAGCAUCCUGAUGGGCAUCUCCAACGGCGUGGGCACGCUGUCGGGCAUGGUGUGCCCCCUGAUCGUAGGCGCCAUGACCAAGCAUAAGACCCGGCAGGAGUGGCAGGGGGUGUUCCUCAUCGCCUCCAUGGUCCAUUACGGCGGGGUCAUCUUCUACGGCCUGUUCGCGUCGGGGGAGAAGCAGUGGUGGGCCGAGCCCGAGACGCUCAGCGACGAGAAGUGCGGGAUCCUGGACGAAGACGAGCUGGGCAACGAGACGGAGGAGCUGUACCGCUCCACGGGGGGGUACGGAGCCACCAGCCAGGGAGGGGCCGACCCCAACGGGGGGGCAGCGGGGGGGGCAGGAGGGGGAGGAGCCGGAGGGGGAUGGGUGUCGGACUGGGACAAGACUGAGGAGUACGUCCAGCCGGCAGGAACCAAUAACUUCCUGUAUGGCGACGAACCGGAGGAGCUCAGAUGA